GUUGUCCAAUCGGAGUUCUUCCUUAGAGUUAAAAGGACUCACUUGCCAAUCAACGUUCUCCGCUCUUGACCGCCUGAUUCCCGGGCUCUUCCCUCAGCCGCUUCCUUUUGAAAUCUCCUUUACCUAGUUCUAUGUUGAAGCUCUCCUUUGCUCUAUUCUCCAUAGUCCACUCUUUAAACUUUCACUCUGCUGCACAUUCCGCUUGUUUCCUUACCCUACGGCUUGGCCUGAGUAAAGCCGAGACCUCGGAUCCCAGGCUGGUGUUUACCUCAUCUUCUCCCGCUCCCUUCCCCUCUGGACUCUAUUGCUGGGACCAUCCUCAGGAAUUGUGUGCAAUCUGCCCCAAGCCCUGCCUGCCGGGACCAUGACGCUCGUGGCGGGACUUGGUAACUUAGAGUUGUUCUCUUUCUUAAUGGGACUCUCGGGGCCGAUCUUCUGGGUGGUGCAGACGUUCGUGGGAUCUCCCUAUGGCCGGCAUGCCAGCGCCAGUUUUGGCCCUCCUCUGCCAGUGAAGCUAGCAUGGUCCUUGCAGGAGCUGCCGUCCUUGCUUGUGCCCCUCUACGUGGUCACCUGCACCCCGGCCAAGCACUUCAGCCACUGGCCCAAUCGCAUUCUCCUGGCCAUGUUCGUCUUCCACUACCUGCAAAGGGCAUUAAUUUUCCCUUUUCUGAUUCGUGGAGGAAAGCCGGUACCACUCUUCAUAUUCUUGAGUGCAUUUCUGUUCUGCACCCUUAAUGGAUUCUUGCAAAGCCAAUACUUGAGUAAUUAUGCAGAGUACUCUGAUAACUGGAUAAAAGAUCCCCGUUUUAUCAUAGGUUGUGCCAUAUGGCUAAUGGGGAUGCUAAUAAAUGUUUAUUCUGACAAUAUCCUAAGAAACUUGAGAAAACCAGGAGAGACUGGGUACAAAAUACCAAGAGGAGGCUUGUUUGAAUAUGUUACUGCAGCCAAUUUCUCUGGAGAGGUGAUAGAAUGGUAUGGAUAUGCUCUUGCUUGCUGGUCCUUGGAAGGCAUUGCAUUUGCACUAUUUACAACCUUUAAUUUAUGUGUCAGAGCAAAAUACCAUCACAGGUGGUACCUGGAGAAAUUUGAAGAUUAUCCAAAGUUAAGGAAAAUUAUAAUUCCGUUUUUAUAUUAAGCACAUCAUCAGUGAUAUUUUCUUCUACCUUCACCAUAAAGGGUUUGAAUAAUUUUCUCCAGGGAAUAUAUAUAUAACUGUCAUUAUUUUUCCUGAAUAAUAUUUCAAAGAAUCUCCUAAGAAGUUUUCCAGAAUAAAUUUCCAGAAGUUCUAAUAACAGACAGGAUAAAAUAGCAGCAUAUUCCUAAUACUGAAUGCAAAGAAACCAAUAUCAGGCUCUCUGAGUUCUAAUUAUUUCUUAGGGCACUGGUUUUGCAAAGGUUGAUAUUGUCAUUUCACUUUAUGAGCUUCUUGGAAAGAAGCACUGAUUUUUGCCUGCCUUGUAUUUCCAGUGCUUAGCUGACACUCAAUAAAUUCUGAUUUAUCAAC